AUGUCUGUUCGUAUCUGUCUUAUUAUAUUCAUAUCUAUCUAUCUAUCUAUCUAUCUAUCUAUCUAUCUAUCUAUCUAUGUCCGAUCAUAUGUAUCUAUUUCUGAUCAUAUCUAUCUCCGAUCAUAUCUACAUAUCUAUAUAUGUAUCUGUCUAUGGUCUGUUCAUAUCUGUCUAUCUAUCUAUCUAUCUAUCUAUCUAUCUAUCUAUCUAUCUAUAAAUAACAAACGAACAAAAGAGAUUUCGACCUAUCUAUCUCAGUCUGUUCAUAUCUAUCUAUCUAUCUAUCUAUCUAUCUAUCUAUCUAUCUAUCUAUCUAUCUAUCUAUCUCAGCGUCUUCAUAUCUAUCUAUCUAUCUAUCUAUCUAUCUAUCUAUCUAUCUAUCUAUCUAUCUAUCUCAGUGUCUUCAUAUCUAUCAAUCAUCUAUAUCUUAGUGUCCUCAUAUCUAUCUAUCUAUCUAUAUCUGAUCAUUUAUAUCUAUCCAUGAAUCUAUCUAUGAGAAAUGCACCCAUCUCUUUGUCUUUGUUUCUCUUCAAUUUUGCUCCUUCCUAUCUAUCUAUCUAUCUAUCUAUCUAUCUAUCUAUCUAUCUAUCUAUCUCUCUCUAUAUAUAUAUAUAUAUCAGUCUCUUUAUAUUUAUCCCAGUCUAUUCAAACCUAUCUAUCUAUCUAUCUAUCUAUCUAUCUAUCUAUCUAUCUAUCUAUCUAUCUAUAUCAUUAGCUAUAUCGUUCUGCUCAUUUUUAUCUAUCUAUCUAUCUAUCUAUCUAUCUAUCUAUCUAUCUAUCUAUCUAUCUAUCUAUAUAUAUAUAUAUAUAUAUAUAUAUUCUGUUCAUAUCUAUCUAUCUAUCUAUCUAUCUAUCUAUCUAUCUAUCUAUCUAUCUCAGUCAGUUUAUAUCUAUCUACCUAUUUAUCUAAGUAUCUAUCUUGUCUCUCAUUUGUUCAUAUUUUUCUGUCUUUUCCUUCUUUCAUUUGUUAAUAUCUAUCUAUCUAUCUAUCUAUCUAUCUAUAUCAGUCUGUUUAUAUCUAUCUAUCUAUCUAUCUAUCUAUCUAUCUCAGUCUGUUUAUAUAUAUCUAUCUAUCUAUAUCAGUAUGUUUAUAUCUAUCUAUCUAUCUAUCUAUCUAUCUAUCUAUCUAUCUAUCUAUCUAUCUAUCUAUCUAAUUCUUAUAUCUCGUUCUGCUCAUUUAUAUAUAUCUAUCUAUCUAUUUAUCUAUCUAUCUAUCUAUCUAUCUAUCUACCUAUCUAUCUAUCUACCUAUCUAUCUACCUAUCUAUCUAUCUAUCUAUCUAUAUGUGCUGAUCUCCUUUUUUCUCCCUCUAUCUUAUCUGUUCAUAUCUAUCUAUCUAUCUAUCUAUCUAUCUAUCUAUCUAUCUAUCUCUAUCUAUCUAUCUAUCUAUCUAUCUAUCUAUCUAUGAUAUUCUUUUUUAGAGAAUGGUAUAGUUGA